AUGCAUGAUAAUGGAAAUUUUUGGGCACAUUACAGCGCUGCGCAAGCAUGGAUGAAACUUCAUCGUUUAGCUGUUCAGGAAGCAUAUGAAGAAGCUGAAAGGCUGCAUCGGGCAGUCUGCACCAAGGGAUGCGCUUCAGUGGAUGUUGCUCACCAUAGUCAACGGAGGAGGAAUGGAGUUACCAAAAGAAAAGCAGGAAAAGCAGUGGGUGAACUGGAGAAUGUCAGCAUUCUGGAGGCCGAGUGUAGCAGUGUAGACAAUUCAGUAAGCGAUACAACAGUUCACGGAGUGAAUGAAGAGUCGGAAAUGGACGAAGAUAUGAUAGCAUUUUUUAAGCAAACAUUAGAGCACCGAAGGCAAAGGGAUGCUAAGCGUUCGAAAGAGAAAGAGGAGAAUGACCAUGGAACGCACUGGGCGUUUGACGAUAAUAACGAUUAUAUUUUGGCUGAAGAAAUUGGGGUUUGUGGGAUUUCUCGCCAUUCUGUUGGGGUCCCAAACGUGGCAAACGAGUUUGAAAUGAGGGAAAAGGAAAUGAUUGAACUUUAUGACAAGGAGAAUGAAAAGAUUGCUGCAAUGGAAACAUCACUCGAUAUUCGUUUUGAGCAAUAUUUUGAUAAAUAUAAACCACAGCUUUGGCCUUCGAUACCCUUGAGAUUGUAG